AUGGUAGUAUACAUCGUUUACGGUUUCCGCUGGUCAAGGGUUGGUACGCUCGCUGCACCGGGGAUUCGCCCACAUAUCGUGAUGAACGACCUUCUAGACGCUACCUCCGACUAUAUUCAAGAGCCACGCACAGCCAAAGAAGUUAUACAAUCAUUUGAGCAGUUCGAUCCCAGUAUAUCGUCUCAUAUUCCAGGACUUGCAUUAAUAGAACAAUAUGACCCCGAGGACACCAGCAGUUCAGCCACCGGUCAGCCCUAUGCUUUUGUUUGCGCUAAGGUGGUUGCGAUCGGAGGCGGCCCAGAACCACAGUCCAAUUCGUUUCUUAGCCUCGACCUGGAAGAAUUUAUGAGUAAAGGCCCAGGUUUAUCUUCGGAAGCGUCAGCUACCUUUUCACGGCUGCGGGAGGUUCUAGCCCCCGAUGAGAAGAUUCGGUGGUGGUUAGUAUAUAAUGGGGACCCCGAGAGGUUUUACCCGGAAACAGAUGACGAGAUUGAUGCUAUCGAGGAGGAAAGUGAUAGUGAUGGGUUAGAGGACAAUAUUGACAAGCGUGGUCCACCUGGCCUGAGUGCCAUCUACACAGCUCGUCAAGGCAUGGUUCUCUCGUUCAUCAUCGUUCAGAAUCGGCAAGGUAAAACCCGCCUGGCAAAGUGGUAUGCGCCGUAUAACGAUGACGAGAAAGUGAGAUUAAAGGGCGAGGUCCAUCGCCUCGUUGCCCCACGAGACCAGAAGUACCAAUCAAACUUUGUCGAGUUCAAACGCAGCACCAAGAUAGUUUACAGGCGAUACGCAGGGCUGUUCUUCUGUGUCUGCGUUGAUGCGAAUGACAAUGAGCUAGCAUACCUGGAGGCCAUACAUUUCUUCGUUGAAGUUUUGGAUCAGUUUUUUGGUAACGUGUGCGAGUUGGAUUUGGUCUUUAAUUUUUACAAGGAUGGAAGUUAUGGUGUCGUGGCAUCAUCGGAAUCAUGGCAAGGCUCGUUGUUGGUUAACAUGGACUAA